AGCCCCAGCCCGGCCCGGGGACAGCUCCUCCAGCCCGGCCUGCAGCCCCAGCCCGGCCCGGGGACAGCUCCUCCAGCCUCCGGACCCCGGACACCUCCAGCCUCCGGACCCGGGACAGCGGCCUGCGGUGCCUCGGGCGAUGGCGAGGCCGAGCCACAGCGAUCACGUCCUCCAGCAGCUCAACAACCAGAGGGAGUGGGGCUUCCUGUGCGACUGCCUCAUCGCCAUCGGGGACAUCUACUUCAGGGCGCACAAGGCCGUGCUGGCCGCCUGCAGCUCCUACUUCAGGAUGAUGUUCAUCCGGGACCAGCAGGGCGCCGGGCGUCUGGACCUCAGCAACAUGCAGAUCAGCGCCGAGUGCUUCGACCUCAUCCUGCAGCUCAUGUACCUCGGACGCAUCGUGGUGGGCAGCUACGAGUUCGAGGAGCUCAAGGCCUCCAUGGCGUACCUGCAGAUGUACUACAUCCCCGACUCUCUGGAGGACCUCAGAGACAUCCGGAGCUCCAACCUGACCCCGUCCUCCUCCGCCUCCUCCUCCAGCUCCUCCACCGGCCCCGCCGGCGGGAAGAUGAUGUUCGGAGUCCGCAUGUACGAGCAGAAGAGGCCCCCUGCGCCGGAGGCGGAGCAUUUACCGAAAGCCGUCAGCAGCGCCGCGGGGCGCCCCGCCGUCCCAGCGGCCGCCAGCAGACCGGCGGUGGCUGAGGAGGUGGUGACCACGCCUCUGAUCGUGGCGCCGCCGGUGGUGGACGGAGCGGCCGACCAGCCGUGCGACCUGAGAAAGAGGUCCGGCGGCGGCAGGAGUUCGGCUCUCAAAGACCGUCCUCGCUUCGGACGCACGUACACCUGCGACGACUGCGGCUUCGUCUUCAGCUGCGAGAAACUUCUAAUCGAACACAUCCUGACCUGCACCAACAGGAAGGCCUUCCACCAGCCCAGAGCCAACGCCGAGGGCGACAACGACUCCAGCAAAGCGGAGAGCUCCACCUCGGAGAGCGUCGAGGAGCACAGGGUCAUCUGUAAAGGCGAGGAGGAUUGGCCCGAGGCCCGGGACAACUCUGACCUCGCCAUCAGGUCGGUGGCAGCCGGGACAGACGGCGAGCCCGGGUCCACCAGGAGCAUCUCCAUCAAGACGGAACCAGAAGAAAGCAUGUUUCCUGAGAUAGAGGUGGUCCGGGUCGGCGAGCACGCCGCCAGAGACUGUCGAGCACGCUUCAGCGAAGCCGCACGGAAAGACUCGCGGAGGGAGAAAACCGGGUCGGACCGAGAGCCGGAGCCCGGCGUCUCGGGGAUGGAUAACAGCAGUGAGCCUUUUGAGGGCCACAUGUCCAGCAGCGACGAUUCAGGAAUCCCUGCGAAGCUUCGUAAGGUCAAAGAUGAGAAGCAGGACGCCGACUGCGCCCCCUGCGAACUGUGCGGCGCUCUGUUAACGGAGGAGGACAAGUCGGCCCACUACCUGUCCAACCACAUGGGUCACAUCUGCGCCUGUGGGAGGUGUGGUCAGGUGCUGAUCAAAGGCCGCCAGCUCCAGGAGCACGCCGAGCGCUGCGGCGAAUCCCAGGGCGGCGAAUCGGAGGAGGAUGAGGCGUCCCUGCCGGAGGAGCCCCAGGGGAUGGAGGAGGGCCUGCUGGAGGCGGCCGACCUGGCCUGCCCUCACUGCGGGAUGCUGUUCCAGAACGAGAGCCUGGCGCUGGAGCACGCCCUGUCCUGCCACGAGCAGGAGCUGUUCCGCCCGGCGCUGCUGGAGGAGGGCGCCGAGCCGGACCACCGCCGCAAACACUUCUGCAGCAUCUGCGGCAAAGGCUUCUACCAGCGCUGCCACCUGCGGGAGCACUACACCGUCCACACCAAGGAGAAGCAGUUCACCUGUCAGACCUGCGGGAAGCAGUUCCUGCGGGAGCGCCAGCUCCGCCUGCACACCGACAUGCACAAAGGCAUGGCGCGCUACGUGUGCCCCGUCUGCGACCAGGGAACCUUCCUCAAACACGACCACGUCCGACACAUGAUCUCACACCUGUCGGCCGGGGAAACCAUCUGCCAGGUGUGUUUCCAGAUCUUCCCCGGCGGAGAGCAGCUGGAGAAGCACAUGGACGUCCACCUGUACAUCUGCGGCGUCUGCGGAGAGAAGUUCCGCCUGCGUAAAGACAUGAGGAGCCACUAUAACUCCAAGCACACCAAGAGACUAUAGGAGCGCCUCAGUCCUCCGCAUUUAUAGUCCUUUGUUACUAAAAAAAAGCCAUAAAUGUGAGAACAAAUGUAUGCACUUGAACACCAAAAAGAUGACUUUUUUUAAUCUGCACUUUUAAAGUAUAUGCAUAACCUAAACGGGGCGUUCACACUGCGAGCAGCCGGCGCCGCUCUGAAACAGGAAGCGGUCACAGCUCCACAAUCAGGAUUCUAUGAGGUUCCUUAAGCGAAACAAUCACAUCAGACGGGAAACAAUCACGUGAGGAAGCUCCUCAGCUCCUCAGCUAACCAGCUACAUAAACUAAAUAGAUAUUAAUAUUUAUAAGGAAGCUGGGCUUUUAUAAACAGGUUGCUAUAUGUAAACAUGAGGUGUGCACGGACGUAAUUUUAGGGGGGGACACAGGGGACAUGCAGUUUUUACAUCCAAAAGAGAAGCAUCAGGCACUAGGACCAAGCGGAAAACGGCCGCUCAAACUGAAGUUUCCCUUAAAUAAAAUGUAUUAUUAUCAUUAUUAUCAAAUUGACCCUUGUUCACUUUUCAUUUACGUCAAAAAGAGGAUUUUCUUCCAUACAACUGACAAAAAAUUACAGUGUUCUCUGUCUCUCGUUUCAAAUAAAAUUGAUGAUCACUACUGAAAGACAAUUUAUUCAAUUUCUCCCCACCUGUUAUAUUCCUGGUCAGUGUGACCUGCCCACCACUGGGUGGCGCUAUGCUAAUGAGGUCUGUUUACCAUAUAUUCCAAAAAAAUAAGUGUGAAAUUGGUGAAAUUCACUAACAAGGUGAAACACAGAAUUGGGUGAUAAUGUUUUGCUACGUUUACGUUUACAAAAGUUCAAACCAAAAAAGGGAACAGUAAACUUAAAAGUAACAAUAUAAAACUAGAAGAACUACCAGAAAACACAGUGAAGUGAAAGAGUUUUAUUAAAGUCACUUGUGCCCCCCCACCUCUCAAAUCAAAAUGUCGUCCAUGGAGGUGUGUAUCAGGUCAUUAAAACAUCAAACAGAUUCUUAAAACUGUCCAAAAACACCAGAAAACCCCUUUAAAACUUGUUUAGCACUCAACCAAUCAAAGUGAUGCCAUUAAUAACUCAUUAAUAACUCAUUAAUAACUCUGGUUCUAAGGGUUUGUGUUGGCUCCGUGGUCGUGCUGCUCACAGUGUUGAACGUACGGGAAGACGAAGCCAACGGCGACAAUCACGACCGGAGCGCUUUGAUCAGCUCGUUCCCCAGAAUACUAAAGUCUACGAAACACACUUCAGAUUCAUGACGUUACACAACAACAAACAACAACAACAACAGCAGCAGCUCCAGUGGCCAUUUCAGUAAAAAUAUUGGUUAUUUGGAACACGCUGACGGUGAUCGGACACGUUCUGUCUCCUGGCGCUAACCGCUCGGGUCGAGAGAGGCGGAAAUUUCCGGUAAAUUUCCAGAAACUUUCCAUGGGAAGUUAGGCUGGGGGAAUUUUGGAAAUAUUAAAAACAUACAAAAAAACCCUGAGACAUCAGCAGAAGUUUUAUUAUUUCAUUGAGCAACAAAAACAUACGGAGAUCGCUGCAACUAAAGAAAACACAAAUACACAAAACUCAAGCAAACUGAGAAAACAUCUUCAUCAAUCUGACAACAAGAGCAGCAUUUAGAAUACAAGGACCACAACACAACAGAAGUGUUUCCAGAGGACACUUAAAAAUGAUGCACACGUCUGGACACGCUGGAUAUUAUCACGUUAUUUCAACAUAAUUAUAUUUUCAUUUAUAACGUGAUUUAUAGCAUUAGCCCGCUAGCCCUCAUCAAUCACAUUGCAGUUAAACAAAUCAAAUAAAUGAAUAAUGAAUGAUGCUAGCAUGCUAAUGUUAGCAUGCUAUCGAUCGCCAGCAGACGUUAGCACGCUAUGAUCAGCCGCUAAUGUUAGUAUGCUAUGAUCAGCCGCUAAUGUUAGUAUGCUAUGAUCAGCCGCUAAUGUUAGCAUGCUAUGAUUAGCAGCUAACAUUAGCACGUUAUGAUCAGCCGCUAAUGUUGGCAUGCUUUGAUCAGCAGCUAACAUUAGCACGCUAUGAUCAGCCGCUAAUGUUAGCAUGUUAUGAUCAGCAGCUAACAUUAGCACGCUAUGAUCAGCCGCUAAUGUUGGCAUGCUUUGAUCAGCAGCUAACGUUACAAUGUGAAAUCAUUAUAUUGAAAUACGGUGAUAAUAUCAAGCUUGUCCAGGCAUGGCCCCUACAAGGGGGCGUGGCCCAUAUAAGGGGGCGUGGUCUCUACAAGGGGGCGUGGUCUCUACGUGGGUCGUGCAUGUUAUUGAGGACUCACAGAUUUAUUUAAGUGUUCUUGCAUGAAUCUGGUUGUUUUGGUCCAGAUUAUGCUAAAAUAUAUUCCCCGACUAUAACUCUGUUCAGACCUCCAGUUGUUCCCAUGGAGAGUUUCCAACAUGGCGCCCAGCGACUCGCUGUUGACUCUAACGCCUACAGUGGUCGGUGCCUUCACUGUAAGGCAGUGAUGCAUG